AUGGCCACAUCAGGCGGAGACAAGGUUGCGGAACCUCAAGAGGCCAGCCCUGCAGUGCUGUGCAGGCUGAUGGCUGCCACCGCAGGCCAGGUCCUGAGACGGAAGAAAGCGGCAAUGGGAUCGGGUUGCUGGGAGCCUGUUCAUCUGUUGGUUCGAGUCGACUUGUGGCUGAUCGCUGCUCCAUCGGGGAAGGAAUGCCCUACAAAUUUAGCAGCGUGGAGGAAAGGGGAUCGCAUCGAAUUGGCGAGGGGGCAGGCUGUGGUGGGAUUGGGCAAAGGGGAGGCCGAGUGGUUUGUGGAAUCUGACGGAGGCUGCCACGUGUUCAAAGCUGAAUCGCCUGCUGAAGCAGCGUGUUGGGUGUCUGCGCUGAAGCGACGGGUGUGUUCAUGGCAUGAGCUGCUUCAAGAUCGAACAGCCUGGGAGCAGGAACUGUUGCAGAAUGUCAAUGCAUGCAACGAAAUGACAGUACCUGUCCGUCUCGAUCGAUUGCAAGCCUCUCAGGAGAUGGUGAAAGUGUUGGGCGAGGUUGCCGAAUUCACCAGGGAGGUGCUGAGCACUCUGCCCAUUGCUGGGCCUGCUCUAUCACUACUGGGUUUUGCAAUGGAAGUGGUGCACCGAGACAUUUCUGACGCUGAAGAGCUUCGCCCAGCAAAAUCACUGCUGGAAGAGGUGGCAAAGCUGACGAUUAAGACACUGUGCAGAGCUAUGAAGGUGAAAGAUGAAGAGUAUGAACAGGGGCUUUCAGAAGUGCUGUGGAUGAUCGAACGUGCUGCCCGUAUGCUUGAGAGCCAUGAACACAGGUCCACAGGUACGCGGAUAAAGCAGGCCAUGUUGAAGAUGGGCGAAGGGCCAUCAGCUGUGCUGGAUGUGCUGAAGCAAUGUCAAGACCGUCUCAACACCCUCAAAAUCGACAACAUCGAAAACCUCGAGAUGUCAGGUCUCGAAAAUCAGGAGCGACUGCUGGCAAAUCAGCAAAAGCUUCUUGCUCAGAAAAGUCUCGAGCGCAAAAACCAGGAGGAGAUAUUGGCAAAUCAGCGAAAGAUUCUUGCUCAGACAAGUCUUCUGCGAAAGAAGCACUGCGCACCCUCCUACAUUCCCACUGCCCCAGAUGCAGUUGCUCUGGAGGGGCAGUUGUGCGCUGUAAGAAACAUGCUGUUUCAAAAUGAGGCCAGUUAUGUGGUUGUUUGGGGGAUGGGGGGCAUUGGGAAGACCACACUUGCAAGAGCUCUUGUUGGUGAUCCCAUAGUGCAAAAUGAGUUCAAGAAGCGCGCUUUUGUGACUAUAUCACAGAAUCCCAACAUUGUGCAGUGCCAAAAGCAGAUUUGGGAUGCGAUUGUGGGCCAUGAACACAACGUGCAGUUCACCAACGCCGAAAAUGGCAGGCUGAGACUGCAGGCUGCAUUGAAGGACGAGGUUGUGCUCAUUGUUCUUGAUGAUUUGUGGGACGAAACGGACAUUGCGCACUUCGAUGUUGUGUCUGCAAAGAGCCGAGUCGUUAUCACUUCGCGAAAUAAGGAAGUGGGAACGUGUGUGGGGGCAAGGUGCUAUGCAGCAGUCGCGCUCAAUGCGGACGAGUCCAUGGAGCUGUUUUGCAAGCAUGCGUUUGCAAGUGGGCAGCCCUUGAAAUGGCGAGCUCCACAUGUGAAGGACAUCGUGAGAGAAUGCGGUGGUCUCCCCCUUGCACUGAAGGUCAUGGCGGCAGAAGCGAAGGGCUUCAACACAGGAGAAGGGGCUGGAUCUAUACCCACACCAUGGGAAAAGAAAAAAUGGAGGAGGGCAGUCGAGGGCAUAAAAUCGGAUGGAGUGGCGUCCAAGGGCGUGUUUGACAGAGUUUUCGCCAUGAGCUUCGAUUCUCUUGAAGACCGCCAUCGAGCAGUGUUGCUUGACUUGGCGAUGCUGCCUGAAGACCAUGAAGCAAGAGAGUGCGAUGUGGUGGAUAUGCAGGCUUGUGAUGACUUUAGCGCUGAUGAAGCUUACGAUGUGCUCGAGGAAUUGGCACAAAGGUCGUUGAUCAUCCGCACAGGAAAGCAUCAAAUGGAUGUGUUUGAGUUCCAAUCUGCUGGUUUUGUGACGUGCCGCCUGCAUGAUGUGGUGCGCGACAGUGCUUUGAAACUGAUUGCUGGGCGGCCCAUUGAGCAGCGCGACCGCGUGGUGUCUUCACACCUCAAGAAAUUGGGCCUCAAAAGCCAGAUCCUGUCUGCAACCAAGUUCUUUGCAACACACAGCAUUGGGGAGGACCGACAGCUGGACCUGCAAAAGCUGGAAAUGCCCGAGCUGCAGACCCUUGUGCUAAGGAAUGCAAAGAUGUUGGAACUGCCCUCAUCCCUACUGACAGCAAACUUGGUGGUGCUCGAUUUGACAUCUUCGGGAAUUGUCAAUCUGCCCGCACAGGUUGCAUGCCUGCAAUCUGCAAGGGUGCUGCGGUUGGAUGAUUGCGAAGAGUUGUCAUGCCUGCCAAAUGAAAUUGGUGAUUUGGCACAACUCACAGUUUUGUCCAUGCGGAGAUGUCGGCACAUCUGCGAACUGCCGAAGUCCAUGGGGAGGCUGUCAAAUUUAACAAAGCUACUUAUGCCCGGCUGUGGAAUUGCACAGUUCUUGCCAAUUGAUGAGGGGAAUUUGCAGAAUUUGGCCUUAUUAGAUUUGAGCAGGUGUUUCGGAUUGAGAUUCUUGCCUUCCAGUUUGGGGGAGCUGACCAGUUUGACAGCUUUAGAUUUGGAUGGUUGCUGGCAGCUGACCUCCUUGCCAUCCAGCAUUGGGCAGUUGGUACAAUUGGAGGUGAUGCUAUUGCACGGAUGCGAAAGUCUCAUGGAAUUGCCCAUUGCGGUGACCCUCCUUGGGAACUUGACAGAACUUGAUGUCCAAGGAUGCAGCAAGCUGAAAUGCCUGCCUCAGGGUCUUGCUGAUGGGUGCCCUGAGCUCAGAGUAUUGCGCCUUCAGGAUAAUUACGACAUGGCUUUCCCAGAAGUUGUCACGGAACUACAGCAGUUGGAGGUGUUGGGUGUGCGUAAUGACUGGACACUGCCAACCAGCAUGAGUGAGAAAUUGCAGGACCAUGAGAUGUCUUUGGAGUCGCUGGAGUGUGAGCCCACCGAGGAAUAUUCAUCCACACAGUACGAGGAAAGAGAUACGCCUCUUCACUGGGCGGCAGCAUUGGGCCUGACAGAGAUGGUGAAAUUUCAUCUUGGAGAAAGCAGUGGGAACAUUCAGAGCAGUUGUGGCUACACGCCCCUCCAUAGGGCGGCACAGGGUGGGCAUACAGCUGUAGUGGAGUUGAUCCUGGAUGCGGGCGCAUCUGUCGAUGCAGUGGACCAGAGUGGCUGCACACCUCUCCAUUGGGCAGUGCAGUAUGGACACACGGCCACGGCGGAGCUGCUCCUGAGCAGAGAUGCAUCUGUUGAUGCUGCAGACCAGUUUGGCUACACGCCACUCCACAGAGCGGCACAGUAUGAGCACUCAGCCAGUGCAGAGCUGCUCCUUGACAGAGAUGCACCUGUCGAUGCCAUGGACCAGGUUUUUGGCUACACACCACUGCAUAGGGCAGCACAGGGUGGGCACAGAAGCGUUGUGGUGCUACUCCUUGACAGGCGAGCAUCUGUUGAUGCUGUGGACCAGGAUGGCUACACUCCCCUCCUUUGGGCUUCGCAAGGUGGACACACGGCCACUGUGGAAUUACUCCUUGACAGAGGUGCAUCUGUGUACGUCAUGGACCAGGCUGGCUACACACCGCUUCAUUGGGCGGCACAAGGCGGACACAGUGCCACAGUGGAACUGCUCCUAGACAGAGGUGCAUCUGUCGAUGAUGUAGAUCAGGCUGGCUCUACACCGCUCCAUUGGGCAGCACAGGGCGGACACAAAGGCACAGUGGAGGUGCUCCUGGACAGAUGUGCAUCCGUCGAGGCACUGAGCCAUGAUGGAUACAUGCCACUCCAUAGGGCGGCACAAUAUGGACACACAGCCACCGUGGAGCUGUUGCUGCACAGGGGAGCACCUGUCAACAUUCCUAUUCGGACUGGCUACACGCCGCUCCAUUGGGCAGGGCAGUAUGGACACACAGCCGUUGUGGAGUUACUGCUAGACAGACGUGCAUCUGCCGAUUUGCAGGACCAGCAUGGCUGCACAUCACUCCAUCGGGCGGCUCAGGGGGGCCACGCAGCCACGGUGGAGCUGCUUCUAGACAGAAAUGCGUCUGUUGAUACGAUGGACAAGGAUGGCUGCACGGCACUCCAUAGGGCGGUACAAUAUGGACAUGCAGCCAGUGUGGAAUUGCUCCUUGAAAGAGGAGCAUCUGUCGAUAUUCCAAGCCAGGCUGGCUACACACCGCUCCAUUGGGCAGCAGAGGGUGGUCACACAGCCGUUGUGGAGCUACUGCUGGACAGAGGCGCUUCUGUCGAUGCGGUGGAUCAGGAUAGCCACAUGCCGCACCACAGAGCGGCGCAGUUCGGACACACUGCCACUGUGGAGUUUCUCCUGAACAAAGGUGCAUCUGUAGAUGCGCUGAGCCAGAAUGGCUGUACAGCACUCCAUUGGGCAGCACAGUAUGGAUACAUGGACACUGUGGAGCUGCUCCUUGAUGCGGAUGCAUCUGUCGAUGCUGCAGACCAGGAUGGCCACACGCCGCUCCACAUGGCCACGCAGUAUGGGCACACAACCACCGUGCAUUUUCUCCUUGACAGACAUGCAUCUGUUGAUGCGCUGAGCCAGGCAGGUGAGACCCCUCUGAUUGUGGCGGCCAAAAAGGGGACAAAGGCGAUUGUGGAUUUGCUGCUCAAGGGGGGAGCACGAGCGGACGUCGUAGACAAGAGCGGACAAGGGCCGGCAGCGCUCGCAAGGGCAACUGGGGACCUCGAGCUGGCCGAAAUGCUGGGGGCAGCGGCAGGGGAGAAAGGCGAUGUCAGGGAAAGAUAG